GCGCAUUCACUAUCUCGCGACGCCGAGAUCGUGAGCUAAAAUAAACGUUCGUGUUUCGCUGAUCACGCCUCUCGUCGUCGUUAUCGCCAUGGAAUUCUGGUCACUGUUUUCUCUCAUCUUGACCGUCGGCUACCUUGUUUACCGCUACUGCUUCCAAGGCCUGGAUCACUUCAAGAAACAUGGGAUUCGCCAUACACCGCCGUGGCCGUUGGUGGGCAACAUGGGGCCGAUGUUUUUGCGGCAGCUGUCGAUCGCCGAGAUAGUGAAGAAAGUGUACGAUCUGAGCCCGAACGCCAAGUACGUCGGCUUCUUCGACGCCAUGAAUCCGAUAGUGGUGAUCCGCGACCUAGAGCUUAUUAAGUCCAUCGGCGUGAAGAACUUUGACACUUUCCCCGACCACCGUUCCUUCAUCGACGAGGUGAACGACCCGUUGUUCGGUAAGAACCUGUUCUCGCUUCGCGGCGACAGGUGGCGGGACGUGAGGAACUUGCUGAGCCCGGCGUUCACGACAAGCAAGAUGAAGACCAUGUUCAAACUGAUGUCCGACUGCGCGGUCGACUUUGCGGACUUUAUGGCGAAGACGCCGGCGAGCAAGAGCGUCAUAGAGAUGAAGGAGUGCUUCACCAGGUACACGAAUGAUGUGAUCGCGACCUGCGCUUUCGGUAUCAGCGUUGACUCCAUGAGGAACCCCAAGAACGACUUCUACAUUUAUGGUAAGGAGGCCACGACCUUCGACUUUACGCGCACCGUCAAGUUCUACAUAGCCAGAAGCAUGCCGCUCGUCUCCAAGAUCUUGGGUAUCAAGAUCGUCACCGAGCAUGUGGCUAAGUUCUUUAAGGACAUCGUGAGAAAUACCAUUUAUACCAGGGACACGCAAAACAUCGUGCGACCGGACAUGCUGCAGCUGAUGAUGGAGAGCAGGGGCAAGAAAGGCCCCGGCAAGGAGCUGACAAUCGAAGACAUGACCAGCCAAGCGUUCAUCUUCUUCUUCGGCGGCUUCGACACCACGUCCACAUUGAUGUGUUUCACCGCCCAUGAGAUCGCCGUGAACCCGGACAUUCAAAUGAAACUGCGCGAUGAGGUGGACGCAGUUAUGAAGGCCACCAACGGAACGUUGACCUAUGAGGCGGUGAACGGAAUGCAAUAUUUGGACGCUGUGGUGAACGAGACUCUCAGGAUGUACCCGAUAGCGGUAUUCCUCGAUAGAAUAUGCACAAAAGAUUAUGAGCUGCCUCCGGCGCUACCCGGCGACAAGCCUUUCGUCUUGAAAAAAGACUCUACCGUCUGGUUCCCUGUUUAUGGCAUUCAUCACGACCCGCAAUACUUCGAGGAUCCUGGCAGAUUUCAUCCCGAGCGCUUCUUGGACGAGGAUAAGAAGGGCAUCAAUCCGAACGCGUAUCUGCCGUUUGGAAUCGGCCCGAGGAUGUGCAUAGGCAACAGGUUCGCGCUGCUCGAGACCAAAAUCAUGCUGGUGCACUUGUUGGCUCGCUGCGAACUGAAACGCUGUGAGAAAACCGUAUAUCCGAUGCGGUUCAGCAGGAAGAGCUUCAACAUCCUGGCGGACGGUGGGUUCUGGGUUAAGCUUCUACCGAGGAGCAACGCUGUCAAUGUGUCGUCCACCGUUGCCAACGACAGCGCGGCCAACGGCCAGAUAUGAAUCCUCGGUAGCGCCGAUGGGAGUCCAAUACUUGGAAUCGGCCUUUAGAGACUGUACGACGAUUCGUCAAUGAUUGCAACAAUUUUCAAUGCGAAAGGUGCUGGCGUAUGUCCGUACGACGUUUCAAGGAGAGAUGAGUUUGGGGGAAAUUUGGGGAAAGUGAGAUGACACAUUAGGUUUGUUGUCGAUUAACGACAAGAUCAAGAACAAACAUGAAAGACUUGGGUUAAUGAGAGCCAACGCGGGUAGUUAGUCGCGUAGAAAGUACACUUUUAAUGAGUGAUUUCUGCUACUGUCGCGAAAGUACCAGUAACCAGAGAAAUAAUGUGUACAAACGUUUCGGUCUGAGUUCGGACUCUCCUCAGUUUUUACGAUUUAAGACACGCUUACGGUUAGAUUACAUCAUAUUGCUUAACAUUGUAAAUUGGGCUCUUCUGGUCGUCUUCGAGCCUUUCAUGCGGUGUAUCCUUGGAAACUUCUCCAAAUAUGGUCAACACCACUUUUCUCAUAGCAUUCAUUCUUGCGUAUUAUAAUAAAUACAUUAUUCAUUGGAAUCUAUUAAAAUGUUAGAGAUCAAAGUCCUCAAGACGAAAUUUCAAAAUGGAAGAUAUUCAUUACAAAUUCAUUCUUCGUGACUAAUUACCUAUUCAGUUAGCUUUGACGACCCGUUUGAUUGUACACUUAAAAGUUAAUUACAGCUUUCAUGUAGAUUUAUAACUUUAGCUUUUAUUUCGCUAGAAUAUUUCAUCGCUACAUAGUCUUCGUUUAGACUUACAUGCUGUAUAGAGUAUGAAUAUUUCUUAGAUUUAUAAAAAUAUUGAGGUAAGCAAAUUGUGCCAAAGUACAACAUUGGAUUGCUACAACAAGUAUACGCAAAAUCUUUCUAUUUCCACACUGUAUAGCGCUUAAUUUAUCUAAAAAUGACAAUUUUCCAUCGCGUAAUAUUUAUCAAGGCGCGAUAUCACGCAUCGAUACUUAUCACAUUCUUGACGAGUGAGUAACGUUUCACAGCGAACGGAAUUCAUUACGCACCGGACAUUUCCGAUGGAAAGUGGCGAGCUGUGAGGCGUUGCGAAAGUUCCAAUAGCUCAGAACUUGCGUGCAUACAUAGCGAGAGCUUCAUAAUUACACGCGGAAAAUAUCUCUUGGACUUGGUCUCUUUCAUAGAUUCUUAUAAACGCUUAUUUUCUCGUCCGUUUGCAUUUUAUAGCAAACAUAAAUACUAAAAUAAAUUAAUCGGCGUGACAAGACUACGCAAGACAACGUGGAAAAACCAAAUAUGCUUUAAACUGGAAAGUAGACUUUCCGGUUCUUGUAAAGGUGAAUGCUAGAAUAAAAUCCAAGAAAGUGCUAAUAAUAUGAAAUUAGGGAAAGGAAGGGGAGGGACAUGAUUAAUAAUAUUUAGAAACCAACAGCCGAACAAAGUCUAUUUGUGUGGCAAUGUGAUUAAAACUUAAACAUCUAAUACAAUGUUAUUUCUAAUAGAAAAAUAAUGUUUUAUAUACAAAGACUGACAUACGCAUGUACGUGUGUGACAAUAUGUACACGCACACGAUAGGUUUACUCCAAAUAAUUCUCUCUUGUUAUGCGAAAGAGAAAGAGAGAUAGUUAAGUUUUCAUCGUAAGGAGAUUAAAUCGCUUGUGAUCGCAAAUCACCCAACAUAUAUAAUUUAAUCUUAAUUUGUUUUUUUCUAUCGGUAGCUUUUAUUACGCAAUGAUAGAAUUUAUUAGUGCACGAUGACAAGGUUAUUAAAUGUAAUAUUACAGCAUA